GAAAAUAGAUAAAGAUGAAAAAAAAAUAACAAGAUAAGUAAGACAAUAAUUAGGGCAAUUGUUGAAGCUAGAAACGUAAAAACUUGAAAACACAUAUACAAUUAAAUUAAUAUUAUUAGUAGGUUUUAUAAGCUACAAGUUAAUAAUAUUGAUUAACAAUAUAUUAGUUACUAGGACUCUCAAUUUCUUCGAUAUAACAAUUCGUUUCUGGUUAGGGUCGUUCCAAUAGAGUCUAUAUCAUCGAGGAAUCUAUGCACUUGCAGGAGCUAAAAUUAAACUAACUAAAAUUAAUUUGUCGUUGUUAAUUUUUCAUUACAUAAUCAUAAAAAUUCCUGAUUGAGAGAUGCUUUGGUUAACAAAUUAAUAAUUUGCUUGCACAACAAUGAGAAGACCUAUGAUAACACAAAUAAAAUUUUAGAAUUAAACUUUCUAAAUGACAAAUUAGCCCAUUAUGUGAUUUCACUUAAGAUAGUAAAAUUGCAAAAGGGAAGUUUAUUACCUAUAACUUGUAACUUUCUUUCUUUAUCAAGUCUUUAAUGUCAUUAGUUAAUGAAUUACUGCUCAAAUGAUAAUACUAGUCUGAAAUUUCAGCAAUAGUAGCUAGGAACGUUGACCUGAAGCUUGUUAAAGGUUUAGCAAAGGUAUCAACUAGUGGCGAACUGUGUUAAGCAAUUAAGACGUUUACAUAAGAUUUCAAGUGGAGAUUUAUUAUUUGAGGUUUGCCCACGCAGAGAACAGUUUGAUAAGGCUGUCCCAGAUGAUUGGUGGAUAUUCAUUGCCCUGGAAAACGUAGCUUGGACGGAACUAGAUUUGUUCAUUUGCGCUUGAUAUUUAAACCGGUAGCACUGGCCAGGUUACCUUUUUCAAGAUAUAAUUCCAACAGGUUUACCUGGUCAGUCGAUCAUAUUUUUAUUAACGCACUUCUUCCUUGAAUAAGCAGAGCAUUAUUGAACUCGUUGUAUAACUUCAUCGUCUUUUUGUAAAUAAUUGAGGAGCUUUCGGGAAAGAAGAAAUCCAUGAGACAAAAUUGUGGAUUGAGAGAAGAGAGUUAGGGGUUUUAAAUUUUAAAUAAUUAAAAAUAACAAAUCCUCUUAUUAAUGAUUGUUUCUGUCAAAAAUUAAAUUCUUUGCAUUCCAGCAUUUCUUUAUCCUAAAACGAGAUCCCCUACUAAUUUCUGAAAACCAGUCAACCAAAUUUUUCUGGACUGUUAAGGGAUUAAUGGAAUAUGGUUUGGAUUUAAAUCUAUAAGAAGAAUAUAUGUUUUAUAGAAUUUAAUAAUAUUAAUUAUUAAUCAGUUACUAUUUCAAUAGUAGUAAUUUAUCUAAUCUUUUAAGAUUCUAUUAUAGUGGUUAUUCCAUAUACAUUACUAGUUAACGCUCACGUGGCGCUAGUGUAGCACCACCCGUUGCCAUAGCAUUAAAUUACAUAAAAGGAAAGAAUUCCUGAAAAUAUUAUUUCGUAUCAAAUUGCGUGCUGUGGCAUUAUUUGCGUGAUGAAUGUUAGCAUCAAUUUUCAGAAAUAGAUAUCAGAUUUGCCAAGAAGUCAGUAGCCGUGCGCAAUGGCUGGGUUUGCUCAAAUCAAUAUGGCUUCUGAAGCCAUCCAGAUCAUCUAUGUGUAUAUAUAUGUAUGUAUACACACAUGUACACACACACACACACGUGUAAUAAUGUCCUAAUUCAAUUUUCUUGAUAUUCUGCAUUCUUGUUCACCAGACGGGAAGUCUUCCUAACAAGAUAUACAAUUUUAGGACUAUGCAUCUGAUUUCUCCUUGUUUUUGUAAUCUGAACAAAUUUUGGAGGAUAUUCCUUGAUAUUAUCGUGUAUAUUCUAUUUGCUCUUUCCCACAAUUCGUGCAUGGUGAUCUUGAACAAACUAUUAACACCUCAGGCAACUGCGAAUGAUGACUUUCUCUCAGAGAAGAUACGUCAUUACUUCCUGCAAAAGACAGGAAUAACACAAGAGCCUGCGUAUUGAGGUUGUUUUUUUCAACUUUAGUUACUUUUGCCAUGAACCUCUUGAUUUGAUUCAUUAGUUUGUAACUGGGUUUGCUCUUUUCUUUAUAAUUAAUGUAGAUUAAUGUACAUCAGUAUUAGAAUUUCUAAAAUAUUAAAAAAGGAAGACAAAAGUAUUUAACAAAAUUUACAUAGGAACUUACACGGGGAUUUUAAAGUUUCUAAAUUAUGAAGGUGAAAAAUUCUACAAUUUUCUUUUUUACAAUUGUUUUAGUUUCAUGUAGAGAUCUAUCAUGAGUGUGUUAAAGCAGUCAAGAUUACAAAGAAGAUAUUAAAUCUUUUGAUCCUUCCUGAAAUUCUUUUUCAGAUAAGAAAAAUUACUUUCUUUCUUAGUUAUUAAUAAAAAAAGAACUCACUUUUUAGUAGUUUUAUAAAGGAAACACAGUGUAUUAAAAUUUGAGACCUUUUUUUUUAAAUCAAGCAGUAGUAAGUGGGGGUUUAAUCUACCCUCUUGAAGCAGAAAAUAAUCUUCGCCAUAAAGAUAACAAUUUCAAAUGAAUCACCCUAUAGAUCAUCGACUGUAGAAUACCCUACUACAUUCUAACAUAACCAGAUUCGCUGGUAAAUGGCUCGGCCAUCCUCCAUAGCCUAUUCUCGAUACUAUGAACACCGGCGGGAACUCCCCGAUUAUAUAUCUCGCGUACUUACGCGCCGGUGCACGAGAUAUUUCAGUUAGCUAGUUACACCAAGCCAGUUGUGUUAAGAUCGCUAUCGCAAGGUUGCCGGCCGACUCUUCCACUUGUUACUUCUAGUCGUUAAGCGUGCAUGCCUCGCGUUGCUCUUCGGACUCCGUCGUCCCUGCGGAAACCCAGGCUCCUUUACACUUGUUACCGAUCCCUUGGACCUGGAAGAAUCUCUUUUUGCGCUCCUAAGCCGCGCCUCAACUGGAAUCUGCUGUUUCAAGCAAUUGAUUCGAGUGCAAGGAUCUUGAUCUACUUUGGAGAAUCAUUGUUAAUGAAGAGAAUAUUUUGAGCAAGCUUGGAGACACUGGACCUGUCGCUGUCAUUGCAGGAUUACCAUCUUCAGGAAGUCACUCUGUACGCCAAGCAAGGUAGAUCACUAGGCUCAGCACUCAGCACUCAAGAUAUAAUGGCUUUACAAAGGCAAGAAGAGCGACGUAGGCAACAGGCGAAGCAAGGUGUCUUUGGAUUUGUGUUCAAGAAAUCUAAGGAGGGUUCCUUGAGUACUGAUAGCCUCGGAGGACGUAGUGCAUCACCAGCGAGGAGUGAUGAGACUGGAAGAAGCACAAGUCCUUUACAACCGCCUACUAGACCUCAGAGGAAGCGGAGACCCGCGCCAAAGCCGCCUAUUCAGGCUCAGGCAGACGUUAGUAAUGGUACAGAAGAGAAUUGCGCAGACUCCAGCAAGGACAAGGUAGUGAUCAGUCACAGUCGUAACAGCAGUGACAGUUCAGGCUACCACGAAGCUUCUGUGUUAAGUGACAACCCAGAUUCUGCUGGAAGACUUCCAGAAACGUUGCCCAGGAGGAACAAGGUUCCACUGGAAAUGCCCAGAAAAUUAGCUCAAACAUCACAAUCCAGCAAGAGCUUAAGCAAUCUGACUUCUGUGCCUGGUACGCUUAGUCACGGAAUUAGCAGUACCUCCUUAAGUUCCACAGGAUUACGAAAGAAAAGGGUUGCACCUCCUCCGCCAGUAACCAGACCCCUGUCGUCCGCUAUCUCCACCCAAGCUCUGGAACGCAUAGUCGACUCCGAAGAGUCUCUAACAUCAGACAUGGAUCCUUCCAAACCUCCUUCCGACAUCAGUGUUCCGUCCAAAGCAAACUCGGACAUAGAAGAGCGUCCAAAGGCCAGCUCAGACAUCGGAGUAACAACACUCGGCUCAAAACUAUCCAACAGUAUUGAUUUCACCAAUCCAGACAGCUCGAAAGUGGAAUUAGAAUUGAAGGGCAGCAAAUGUGAUAUCGAACCGCGCCACAGAUCCGGAUCUAUAAACGUUAAGUUACCUAGCACGGAACCAGGACAUCCUGCACCCGUAGAAGACGCUCCUGUAGAUUCUAGAUUGCCGCGGAAGAGAGUUGGAGAACCUGUUCCACUUCCCAAGCCUAGAAAAGUCGCCGCAAUACGGCCCGAGGUGCCAAAACGCAAACUAAAACCGCCCUCCCCAUUGAGUAGAACCCUCAGUUCAGACUCCAGCUAUGUAGACUGCUUAUCCAACGCUCCUGCACACUCCAGUACUGGGAGUUUUAUAACUGACUCAAGUUCCAAUUGUGGAAGCUCCAUCAAAGGUGAAGAGAAACUGGACGUCUGUUCCAACUAUUCUACCAGUGAGGAUGAGGUGUUCAUGACGCCAGGGCACCUGAGUGAAGCAAGCUUUGAUUACAGUUCAAUAGACUUGGAGGAAAAGAGCCAAACUAACUCCACAGAUACAACUUUAAAUAACGAUAUUGAUGAUGGAGCUAAUGGUGAAAGAAAAUUGAGUAUAAAUGAGAAUAAAGUAAAUGUAGAAGCUCCUCUAAACCAGGAUUCUACACUGGUAAGAAGUGAACUAAGUACAGUAUCAUCAAAGAAUUCUAGCCAAGAGAAGAAACUCUGUGCUGUGAUAUCUACUAUGCCAAAGUGUGACCACUUGAGUUCACUGAGCAUCAAGGAUACAGUUAGUCAAAGUAAAGAAUGGGAGGGUCUGAAAGAACCAAAGAAAGCCAGGAUUCCUCGAACAGCGUCAAAGUCCAAUGAUUUUGAGGUUAAUGCGUUAGAAAAGCAGAAGAGGCAUUUAACUUCUCAUGCAGAGGAUAUCACAUUUGCCUUAAAUUUGAAUGUGAAUCCUAGUCUGCUGUCUGACAGAGAUCUUGCACAGCAAUCGAGGGAGGAGCAGGAUACUGAGUCUCAGGAUGUGGGUGGAGAAAAGUCCCCUGUUGCAGUGGUUUCAUCAGAUACAAAUCUCUCAGAGACUGACGUACUGCUUCAGAAAGUAUCUGACACUUUGUCCAACUCUCUACCUGUAGCCUCAUUUGAUGAGGUACCAGUGUCUCCAACAGUAACUGAAUUAGAGCCAACGAACAUUUCCAAAGAAACAGACCAGAAAAACAAAAAGAUCUCUGAGUAUUCCAAUGGCUUUGAUGUGAACAUCAGCUCAGCAAAUUUGACUGUAAACUCUCAGCAGGACACGUCAGACUAUGUAUCAGCAGUCGAUGAAGAUUUAUCCGUCACCGACUGGGAGUAUCAACUGCCAGCUCCUCCAAGUGCCUUCAGAGACUCUGCUUCUCCUGUCUUCGAUAACUUUGAAGUAAUCACUCCUUCGCCUGAAUCAUUCAGGGACACAGAAAUCACUGAAUUAACCUCAACUUCAAACCAGAAAGAUGGAAGCAAUAUUAUAGAAAAGGUAGAAAUGCGAGAAAUUGAGGUUAGGAAAGAGACUCCACAUGCAAAGUCCUUCAUACAACGCAAGCCAGAGUCUAGCAUGAAAAAGGAGGUGAUUUGUGAGCUCGAGAAUAAAAUAAGUACUUUGCCUCAGAAUACUAUGUCUCAGAAGGAUAUGGAUUCCAGGAGGUCAUCGAACCCCUCAACUGCCAAAAUUUCCCCUGUAGAUAACACAUUGUCAAAUUUUACCAUCACAACAUACAGCAAGCAAAAGAACCUGAAUAUAUUUGAAGAAGUAGAACAGUCUAGAAAGACAAAUUCUGAUGAGAGAUUUAUCAAAUCCUUUGCGACUCUGACAAGGAACAAGAGCAAUCUCGAUGAGAAUGAAGAUAAGAAUCUGAAGGAAUUCAGCGUUGGAACAUUGCAAGGGAAGAAAAAGGUAACCACAGGAGAAGAUAAGUUGAGUGAGACGAAGCUGGAACCAAAGAUACAAACUGAAUCCCUGCAGAGGUGGCAGUCUGGUAAUGAAAAGAGCAAUAUUCAGAGAUCUAAGAGCUACAUGUCCAUGUGUGACAAAUCUAACCUCCAAGGAAAUGUAUGUGAGAUCGAGAGUAUCAAGAAUGAAAAAAAUCUGGAGAUGGACGAUAGUGGAAUGAAAAAAGCAACGAGCAUUAGCAACCUGAGCGUAACCGCGACUAAAAACGACGAGAAAUCCUCGCAGUGGCGGGAUAAUAUUCUGAAGCGGCCUACCAAAGAAAAGCAACUGCAGUCUGUACAGGUGCUGAAAAGCAUUUUGCCGCAGUUGAAAAAUGCUCAACAGGCGGAGGAAAAUGUGCCCAAAGAUUCGAGUGAUAUAGUAUUAUCUGAAAAAACGAGAUCCGAGACUACCUCUAACGAACAUUCGACCGAAUCGAAUGAAGUUUCGACUCGUGAACCUCAGACAGCACCAAGUAAUAAGAAAGUAGAAUCAGAAUCAAAGAAACCAACGCUGGAAACUAAUAAGAAACGAUAUACCUACUCAGGACCUCCUAUGAUCAAUUUAGGCAGUUGGUCCGAACGACCGAGUGUUAAUGUCCAAAUAAAGAAAGACAUUGACUACAAAUUUGGAGUCAAACAAACUAACAGCAGUACCAUUGUCAAUAUUAAUAGCUCUAAAGAUGAAGUAGACUCCAAUAAUAUUAAUAGUUCUACCAAAAUACAGAAGAGUAAAUUUGAAUUUUUGGAUAAAAAGGAGCCCAAUGAGUUAACCAAGAAAUUAAUUAGUCAUACAACAGCUACAGGAUUCAAAAAGCCAGUACUGAAUAAAGUUAACAACUCAGAAGCAAAAGUCACUAAUGAUAAACCAGUUGUAACAGGAGUUGAGCUGAAAAAGAGCUUCCUUGAAAACAAACAGGAUGACAACGUGAUAGACACUACUCCAGUAAAUUUCAAAGAAUUAACGAAAGCAUUUGGUCAAGAUGUUUGCCUGCGACCAAAACCAAAAAGGUCCAGUACAAUUCAACGUUCAGAUUCUCAGUUGGAAAAUGAUUCUAGUAAACAGAAUGGACAUAGACAAGAUCAGUGUUUAAUAAAUGGCUACCAAAAUAUUAAACCUAAGAGGUUCUCUUCGAUAGUGGGUAUCCAGAAUGAAGGUAACCUGACAUUUAGAAACGGCCUAAGCAUUAAAGGGCACCAGCCAAUGCCUGUUGUUAAAGGGUUUAAGAUCUCAAAUACAAAGAUCGGUGCAACUCAAAGUUAUGAGAACCAAACUAAAGAAGGCUUCAAGGAAGACAUGAAAGAAGAUAAUAUUAAAGGAUCAUCCAAGGAUUCAAAUAGUACACCAAGGCCUCCUACUAUGCCCGUGAUAACGGGUGUGACCUUGAAAAGUGCCAGACCUAAGUCCAUGCCCAUUCAAAUUGACCAGCGAGACGUUUUGCUGGAAUCGAUUAGAAACUUCGGUGGUCGCGAGAAUUUAAAAAGCGCUAUGGAAAGAUGUUAGCUGCCUUUCAGAAAGUAAGAAAUGUUCUUGACACGAGGAUAAGAUGGGAAAAAGACUGGCGACCGAGGAUAUAUUACUCUCGAAGAGAUAUUCUGGUGCUUUAAGUCGUACAGUCUUAGUGAUAAUACAACGUUUGGCAAUUAUCGACACAAAAGAAAGGGCAAGAAACUUAUUUAUGUAUAUUUUUUAAUUACUAUCGAAGGACCAUUCACAUCUGCCCCGUAUUUUUGUCAUUUGUCAAACUUAACCUCUUCGAAAUCAUUCCAUUGACGGUUUGUUGGCUAAUAGUCUAUAAAGAAACAGCCACGUUAGUCGUCCACGUGUACAUACCGUGUGUAAAAAAGUCGAGACAACCAGGAAAAAGAGUUGUCAAUAAAAAAGAAAUCUGUCAAUGAUGUACAUAUCGUUUAGCUGUUUAAAGCGAUAAGAGAAAUAUUAUAUUUUCGUGUCCAAAUAGUCAACGGGCCGAGUUAGGUCCGUUUUCGAAACAUUGUUGCUCAUUAUAUGAUGCAGUCCACGCAAUUCUUGUUAAGUUUUCUUUUUUUUUUCUUCAUUUAUUAGUUCAAUCAGCCAUUCGGUCCUAACCUGACCUAAAAUGAGAAAAGAGGAAAUCGAAGAAAGGUUAGAUCUGAACGGUUGAGUCAAUGUUGACUAACAUUUCCUAUUCUUUACGAUUAACAUUAAGUUUCUAUCACUGGGACCAAAGGUGACAUCAUUUAUUUUACAUAUUGUACAACGAAUUUAAAUGCAACUAGGGUGUGUGUAUAAUUAUGAAAGAUAAUCUUUUCUUUUCGUUUUUUGAGAGAGAAGGAGAGAGAAGCAAUCUGGUCAGUCACAUAGGUUGAAAAUCAUGAUAAUGAGAUAUAUUCAUUAAUUAGUAUGCAUUAACAGAGUUCAAAGUAAGUUUUAAUAUGUGUUAGUAGAAAACAACGAAGGAUUGAUUUAACAAUCGAUUUCCAUUUUUUCCUUUUUUUGCGUUUACAUUUACUGUUAAUUAAAAAGAAAAAGAAAAUAAAAAUUUGUUUUUGAUUAUUAACAAGGUUUCGAUAAUUAUUCGGAAAAAGUAUAUUGUAUUUGUUAAUAUGAUAUUGUCAAUACUAUUUUAAAAGAAUCAAUUAGACUAUUGUGUUUAAAUAACAAAUUUCAGUAUGUAUUUGUUUUAUAGAUUAUGAUCAUUCUGCAGAAAUAUUUUUAUGGCAGGUGGCAAUCACCAUGGAAAGGUGUAUUGUAUACUGUAAAUAUCAUAUAAUAUGUUAAUACUGUAUUUAAUAUUAUUUUUCCUUGCGUAAAAAUAUAUUACGGCGACACUUCUA